AUGGACAAUAUAACGGAGGCCAUGCCGGACAUGGAUAAAUGGGCCGGUCCGACCACUCAAGUGUUCGCGUUUAUCGGCUUGCUGUGGCUCUCGACCAAAAUCUUCUCAUUCUGGAGAUUAAUAGCUUCUCUCUUUCUCUUGCCCGGCGCAAAGGUAAGACAACCGAGAGAACAGUUCGCAUUCUUGGCUUACGAUUACCUGGAAAGCUCUCCAAGUUUGGUCGCAAAGGGACAUGGGCAGUCGUGACCGGUGCAUCUGACGGGAUCGGCAAAGAAUACGCUGUCCAACUCGCCGCAAAAGCCUACAAUGUCGUUCUUGUGUCCCGCACGAAAUCGAAGCUGGAUGCACUCGCCACGGAAAUACAAGAGAAGUACAAGGUGCAAACAAAAGUCCACGCAAUGGACUUUGCGGCCAACAAAGAUUCGGAUUACAAGGCGUUUGGCAAGCUCAUUGAUGGCUUGGACGUGAGCAUUUUGAUCAACAAUGUGGGACAGAGCCAUGACAUUCCGGUGCCAUUUGUGGAGACCAAGGAGCAAGAGCUGAGAGACAUUGUAACAAUCAACUGUAUGGGAACGUUGAGGGUGACACAAUUGAUAGCUCCUGGCAUGGUGCAGAGGAAACAUGGAUUGAUAAUUACGAUGGCGUCUUUUGGAGGAAUCAUGCCCACUCCGCUUCUGGCCACCUACUCGGGUAGCAAGGCCUUCUUGCAGCAGUGGUCCACAGCCUUGAGUGCGGAGCUGGAACCCCACAACGUGAAGGUCCAACUUGUGCAAAGCUAUCUGGUCACUUCCGCCAUGAGCAAGAUCAGAAGAUCUUCGGCUCUGAUUCCAAACCCGAGGCAGUUCGUCAAGGCCGCUUUGUCCAAAAUCGGAAGGAGCGGCGGUGCGCAAGGAAUUGCAGGCACUAGCACACCUUACUGGAGCCAUGCGAUCAUGCACUGGGCUAUUGCGACCUUCGCGGGCACUAUGAAUGGUCUGGUUCUGGGAAUCAACAAAAGCAUGCACGAAAAUAUCCGGAAGAGAGCACUGAGAAAAGCAGAGAGGGAUGGGAAGAAGAGCUCUUAG